AGGGCAGGGCGGACCCUGGACGCGCGGGCGCGCGCGGAAGGUAGCGCGGGGCCGCGUUGGCGCGCACGCGCCUGAGCGUGCGCCCGGUGGGGCCGGCCGGGACUCGCCGCUCGCACGCCCUUGGGCCGCGGCCGGGCGCCCGCUCUUCCUUCCGCUUGCGCUGUGAGCUGAGGCGGUGUAUGUGCGGCAAUAACAUGUCAACCCCGCUGCCCGCCAUCGUGCCCGCCGCCCGGAAGGCCACCGCUGCGGUGAUUUUCCUACAUGGAUUGGGAGAUACUGGGCACGGAUGGGCAGAAGCCUUUGCAGGUAUCAGAAGUUCACAUAUCAAAUAUAUCUGCCCGCAUGCGCCUGUUAGGCCUGUUACAUUAAAUAUGAACAUGGCUAUGCCUUCAUGGUUUGAUAUUAUUGGGCUUUCACCAGAUUCACAGGAGGAUGAAUCUGGGAUUAAACAGGCAGCAGAAAAUAUAAAAGCUUUGAUUGAUCAAGAAGUGAAGAAUGGCAUUCCUUCUAACAGAAUUAUUUUGGGAGGGUUUUCUCAGGGAGGAGCUUUAUCUUUAUAUACUGCCCUUACCACGCAGCAGAAACUGGCAGGUGUCACUGCACUCAGUUGCUGGCUUCCACUUCGGGCUUCCUUUCCACAGGGUCCUAUCGGUGGUGCUAAUAGAGAUAUUUCUAUUCUCCAGUGCCACGGGGAUUGUGACCCUUUGGUUCCCCUGAUGUUUGGUUCUCUUACGGUUGAAAAACUAAAAACAUUGGUGAAUCCAGCCAAUGUGACCUUUAAAACCUAUGAAGGUAUGAUGCACAGUUCGUGUCAACAGGAAAUGAUGGAUGUCAAGCAAUUCAUUGAUAAACUCCUACCUCCAAUUGAUUGACGUCACUAAGAGGCCUUGUGUAGAAGUACACCAGCAUCAUUGUAGUAGAGUAUAAACCUUUUCCCAUGCCCAGUCUUCAAAUUUCUAAUGUUUUGCAGUGUUAAAAUGUUUUGCAAAUACAUGCCAAUAACACAGAUCAAAUAAUAUCUCCUCAUGAGAAAUUUAUGAUCUUUUAAGUUUCUAUACAUGUAUUCUUAUAAGACGACCCAGGAUCUACUAUAUUAGAAUAGAUGAAGCAGGUAGCUUCUUUUUUCUCAAAUGUAAUUCAGCAAAAUAAUACAGUACUGCCACCAGAUUUUUUAUUACAUCAUUUGAAAAUUAGCAGUAUGCUUAAUGAAAAUUUGUUCAGGUAUAAAUGAGCAGUUAAGAUAUAAACAAUUUAUGCAUGCUGUGACUUAGUCUAUGGAUUUAUUCCAAAAUUGCUUAGUCACCAUGCAGUGUCUAUAUUUUUAUAUAUGUGUUCAUAUAUACAUAAUGAUUAUAAUACAUAAUAAGAAUGAGGUGGUAUUACAUUAUUCCUAAUAAUAGGGAUAAUGCUGUUUAUUGUCAAGAAAAAGUAAAAUCGUUCUCUUCAGUUAAUGGCCCUUUUAUUUUGGGACCAGGCUUUUAUUUUCCCUGAUAUUAUUUCUAUUUAAUACUCUUUUCUCUCAAGAAAAAAAAAAUUUGUUUUUUCUUUAUUGUCCUUCAUAGCAGACCAAGUAUUGCCUCUCUGCAAUAGACAGCUACUGUCAAUACAUGCUGUAAUUUGACAUUCUGGGUCACAGAUAUAAGGUAUUUAAAAUCUAUUUAUGCUUUAUAGAGAAAUCAGACAUUAAAACUUCAUGCACUACUUAUUUCGAAUUACUGUACCUUAUCCAAAUUUACACCUAGCUAUUAGGAUCUUCAACCCAGGUAACAGGAAUAAUUCUGUGGUUUCAUUUUUCUGUAAACAACUGAAAGAAUAAUUAGAUCAUAUUCUAGUAUGUUCUGAAAUAUCUUUAAGACUGAUCUUAAAAACUAACUUCUAAGAUGAUUUCAUCUUCUCAUAGCAUAGAGUUUACUUUGUACACAUUUGAAACCAACUACUGUAGAAGAUGAGGAAUCUAUUGUAAUUUUUUGCUUUAUUUUCAUCUGCCAGUGGACUUAUUUGAAAUUUUCACUUUAGUCAAAUUAUUUUUUGUAUUAGUUUUUCAUGCAAACAUAAAAAUAGCAAUCAUUUUAAAUUGUCAAAAUUUCCAGAUUACUGGUAAAAAUUAUUUGAAAACAAACUUAUGGGUAAUAAAGGCUAGUCAGAACCCUAUACCAUAAAGUGUAGUUACCAUACAGAUUAAUAUGUAGCAAAAAUGUAUGCUUGGUAUUUCUCAACUGUGUUAAUUUUUCUGCUGUAUUCCAGCUGACCAAAACAAUAUUAAGAAUGCAUCUUUAUAAAUGGGUGCUAAUUGAUAAUGGAAAUAAUUUAGUAAUGGACUAUACAGGAUGUUAAUAAUGAAGCCAUAUGUUUAUGUCUGGAUUUAAAAAUUUUAAACAAUCAUUUACUAUGUCAUUUUUCUUUACCUUGAAGAACAUAAACUGUUAUUUCACUUCUACAAAUCAGCAAGAUAUUAUUUAUGGCAAGAAAUAUUCCAUUGAAAUGUUGUGCUGUAACAUGGGAAAAUUUAAAUGUUUUUCAUGGUUUCUAUCAAUGUGAAAUAAAAUUUAAUUCUGA